AUGGACACCUUCGACGCUGUGAAGGAGGCGAUCUGGUGGCAGCAGCCGCGGCCCACUUCCGCGAGACAGCAGUCGCAGGCGCGAGAGGCCGCGGAGGCUGCCGUGUCAACGCCCUGCGGAGGCCCAGGCAGAGCCGGCUCGCACCCCGUGCUCGCCCGCGGCCUCGGAUGCCUCGCGCAGGCGGAGGGGGACGGCGCCAGCGGCCUCUCCGAGCUGGAGGCGCUCCAGUCGCAGCUGGCGCAGCGCAUGGCCUCGGCGGCGGAGGACGCGGUCUCCCCGGAGGGGCGGAUCGCGUGGUGCCCACCAGCUCAGGCUGCCCCGGCCUCCGCCGCGACGCCGCCGUGCCCCUGGGCUGCGCCGGGGCAGGCCCCCGCCGCCGUGGCCGGCGCACCGCCCGCGGCCGCGCCGAGCACGGGCACGCCCCCGGUGGUGGCGCAGCCGUGGCAGCCGCAGGCGUGCUGCUCGCCCACACGCGGCGCGGCCGCGGGCUUGGCGCAGGAUGUGCCUCUGGCGGCGCAGCUCGCGGAGGCUUCCCGCAGCGCCCAAGUCGCGCGGCUGCUCGCCCAGCGCGAGCCCGUGGUGGCGCCAGCCCUGCCCGGCGCCACCACGGGAGGCGUGCACGUCCACCUUGCGGCGCCCGAGCCCGACCCAGCGCCGCUCGAGGCCCCCCGGAGCGAGUGGCCCACUACUGUGCGCCGGCGCUGCUGCGCGGCGGUGGCCCCGACAGAGGGCUCGACCGCCGCCAGGUUCGCGGAGAUCGCCGAGGCGGGCCUGGAGCCCUUCCCCGGCGGCGGCUGCGGGGGUGCCGCCGCCGUGCCGCCCCUGCCAGGCGCGGCGGCUGGCGGCGCUCGCGCCUCCGAGUCGCCCUCCUCGCGCGAGCCCAGGGCGGCACGCCUGGAGGCCCGCGGCGACGACGACGACCGCGCAGCGGGGCGGCGCUGGGGCGCGGGCAGCAGGGGCUGCUCGCGCGCCUCCGCGCUGAGGCAGGCCGGGCGGCACCUGGGCGAGCCGUGCCCGCCCCGGGCCCCGCGCCUCUCCGCGGGGCGGGGGCGUCGGCGGGUUCUGCCGGACCGGCGGUGGCGUGCUGCAGGAGAGCACCGCGAGGCCCCCCCUGGUGCUCACCGCGACGGCGUUCCACUUCCGCGGGCCCUGCUGAGGGGAGCCCCGGGUCUGCGGGCGCAGCCGCAGCCCCGCGGCUCGGUUGGCGCGAUCGCGCGUGCACGAAUCCGGCGCGACCAAUGCACAACUUAG